AUGCGCCCGACCUGUCGGCACAAGACAGGGAAAAAGCGCAGCCCGGCCUGGCGCGGGGCAGCUGCGGGAUCCGACCCUCCGCCGCAGCGAUCCCCGGGCCUGCCCCACGGGCCGGACACUCCCGCGUCCACCCCCGGGCCAGGGCAGGGCCCAGGACGAAGCGGGGAUGCCACCGUGUGCUGGAGCCGCCCCCACGGCUCCGCAGGAGGAGAGCGGGCACCAGGAAGGGCUCCCCGAGCUCUGGCCCCGGGCCCGGGGGCCCUUCAAAGUCCAUCCUCUCAGCCCUACAGCGCACCUCCGCACGUCGAUCCUGCACGCCCCCACCCCGGGAACCGGCACUCCGUUCCGCUCGCCGCCACUGCAGCCACUAAAGGGUUAACGCCAGGAGAGGCGGUGCCCGGGAGCGCGCUGGGAAUCGCUGGGAAGUGUAGUCCCUCGCUGGGAAGUGUAGGGAGGCGGUGGCAACUCUUCGAGGUGAGGUUCCCGAGCUCGGGGGCUGAAGGCUGUGGGGCAGGCUUCGGGGCAGUUACCUGGCUGGGAGAUGGCGGAGAAACCUGGCUUCCCACUGCCCGGCGCCAGCGGAUGCGGGAGCAGGUCUGAGGCCCCGGGUCGCCCCUGUCUGCGGUUGGGGGAAGUCACCCUGCUAGCCUGGGACAGGGUUGGCACCCCCAGCAGGAAACAGCAGCGACGAGCCCGAGCGGAGUCGCCUGCAGCUGCGCGCAGGGUGUGCACAGGUGCGCAGUGCGCGCAGGCCCUAAGGACGCACUGGGGACCCUAAGCACCAACGCACAGUUAGACCCAACUCAUAAACAAACAUCGUCACUGCCUGCCGGGUCGGAAGGGCAGCCAAGCAACAAAAAAAAGGCGGGGAGGUAGACCCACUUCAGACGGUUCUGCGGGGAGAGUCUCUGAAAUGCGCCAGCCCGCAAAAAGUAGGAAACCCGACAGACACUCGGGCGGAAGGAACAGCCAGUGCAAAGGCCCUGAGGGUAGAAAGAGAUUGGCCACUGAAAGAACUCCAGAUCCUGUGUGGCUGGAGUAGUGCCAGGAGGUGGAGAGAGAAGGAAACAGGGCCCCAGUCAGGUCUGGCUGGGCCUCGGGAGGGCCUCCGUGUGGGGUCUGCACUUCAUUCUAACUGUGUGCCUGACCCAUCGCCACAAUUUCCCCUCCUUCACACUUCCCUGCUUAACCUUCCUCUCUUUAUUAGGCAUAAUAAAAAUUAUGUGGCUUUGUAAAAUUGUUUUUUAAAGAUGCAUGUUAAAGUACUGGGCAUGUAAUGUCAUGAAUUGUCUAAUUUACUUGAAAAUACCUCUGCCAAAAUAAAUGGAGUUAACAAUAA